UGUGGGCGUCGGCUCUGUCAUGUGGUCAGCUGUGUCCAAACACAGCUGAUCGCUCAGAGGGGACAUGUGCCCUGAUGAUCAGUGUAGCCCCAUCAGUGCCACCUGUCAGUGUCCAUCAAUGCCACCUAACAGUGCCCAUCAAUGCCACCUGACAGUGCCCAUCAGUGCCACAUCAAUGCCACAUAUCAGUGCCUACCAGUGCACAUCAAUGCCAUUAUAAUCAGUACCCAUCUGAGCUGCUUUUCAGUGCUACCUAUUAGUGCCAGUCAGUGCCACCUAUCAGUGCUGCCAGUCAGUGCCGCCUAUCAUUGCCAGUCGGUGCUGCCUAUCAGUGCCAGUCAGUACCACCUAUUAGUGCCAGGCAGUGCUGCCUAUCAGUGCCACCUGUCAGGGCCACCUAUCAGUGCCAUAUAUGAGUGCUGCCUUUCAGUGCCCAUCAGU